AUGUCUGAUAUUAUUGAUGAUGUUGAGACAAUUAUCGAUCGAAUCGAAAAUGGCGAAACUCUAAGCGAAGAUCGAAUGAAGAAAUGUGCAGAUGAUCUAUUAAAUGAAAAAUCGAGCAACUGUGCUUGCCGCGUAUUCUUGGCUCUAUCUGAGAAAAAAGUAUUUAUAUCUGAUUUAGUAUAUGAAAGACUUUGCAAUAUUAUCAUCAAUAAUCACGAACAAUUGACAAAAGAGAAUUCAAUUCGAACUAUUGAUUUACUUAUAAAAAAUGGUCGAAAAGCAUCAGAUUUGUGUUUAAAUGCACUUUCAAUUGCACUACAAGGUGAACAAUCUCUGAAACUAAGAAGAUAUGCAUCGAAACUUUUAUACACUAUUAUUCAACAGCAGAAUGAUUUACGUUUGAACUCUUCAUUAUUGAAUACAAUGUCUGAUGCAUUAGAUGAUCCUUCGGACAUUGUUCAAUCUUAUACAUUAAAUUCCUUUGAACAAUUAGUUCGGAAUCAGCAAAAUGAGAUAUCCCAAAAAACCAUUCAUUGUAUGGAAUUACUUUUGUCAAACAUCUAUCAAGACAUUAAUAAUAAUUAUGGAAAAUGUGGACUGAUAAAUUCAUUUUUCUUAAAUUUGCUAUACCGAAAAUACAAGAUAAACGAGAAUUUACUGGAGAUUUUUUCUGAACUUUUGGUUAUUGAAGUUAUUGACCAAAAAGAUAUGCUUCUGAAUCGUUCGGCAUUGUAUAUUCUUCAAAAAGCCAUUGAAAAUCAAUUGUUUGAUGGACGCUUGACGUCGAAAACAUUAAAUAAUAUUUCGACCUGUUUCAAUUUAAUGUCUUCAAACAACAAAGAAAUGCUUGAAUAUUCCCUAAAAAUUUUAUGUGCUUUAAACGAUGAUCAAUUGAAGUUGACACGAUUGAAUGCAAAUUUAUUGAAACAUUAUUUGAAAGACACAAAUUUAGAGGAAAGUUUACGAGCAUAUGUAACAAUUCUUUUGGGUAAUUUAUGUAAAAUACCAUAUCAGUAUAUCGAUGAUGAUAGCAGCAUAUCAAUUGUUGACGAUACAAUUGAUAUUCUUAUAGAGCGACUAGAUUAUGAAAAGUUAUUGCAGAGUUCGAUCUAUGCACUUAAAAAUAUAGCUCAAUAUGAACACGAUUACUUAUCAAUAUUUCCUCUUCGAAAAUUUGUAGUAAUACUCAAUAGAGAUAAUAUCAACAAAGAAAUACGUCAAAAUGCCUGUUUAAUAAUUGCGUUGGCAAUUCAAAAUAAACAAAUUUUAACACAAUAUGAAAUUGAUGGAUUAGAAAAUGCAUUAAAUGAUGUCGAUUCUAUUGUUUGUGUUACUGCUCUGGUUGCAUUUCAAUAUUUUUUCGAAUUGUAUCAUAAAAUGAAUGAUGCCUAUUUUUCUAUGAUCAAAUCUUGUGUACAAAAUAUUUCAACAUUCUCUACCGAACUACUAUUGAGUUCAGACGAAAUAUUAUCUUUAAAUGCAGCAAAAUUAUUAGAAAUAAUUAUUAAAUAUAAUUUGAAAACAGAAUUUACACAUGAUGAAAUCAGUAAUCUUUGUAUUGGUUUACAAACAAAUCUGAAUAAAUCCAUAGAUCAAUAUAUUUUCGAGUCAUUAAAUCAAAUUAUUGUGAAACAAUCCGAUGUUCCAUUGAAUGCACGUAAUUUGAUAGAAUUAGAAAAAAUAGCACAAAACAUUUUGCAACAAGAAAACUUCAACAAAUUCGAUUAUGAUGAGUUUGAAAAGAAAUUAAGUGCAUAUAUCAAUGAUACAGAUUUCGAUAAUAAAAUAAUAUCAAUGAAUGUAUUCAAAGUAUUUGAUACUAUAUUAAAAACAAAUUCAUAUAGUUCAAAAUUAAUUUUAAUUUUACUUCAAUAUGUACAAAAUAGUCAAAAACUAUCAAUUUAUUUGAUUGAAACAUUGAUGGCACAGCUUUGUAACAAUGAGAAUAUUGAAAAAAUUGAAAUUUUAAUCCAAAUUCUAUAUUAUGUUAUUCAAAAUGGGCAAUCAUUGACUGAUAAAAUGGUUCAACAAUUUAAAGAGUUUUUUCUUGUAAAUCAAUGUUGUUCAAAAUAUACGAUACAAAUAUUCCAAUUAUUAAUUAAUCGCAAUGAAAUUCAAAUCGAUAGAAAAAUCUAUGAAAAAUUUGUAUGUUUAUUAGAAGAUCAAAAAGAUUAUGAUAUGCAAAGAAAUCUCAUUGAAACAUUGGCUUAUUCAUUACAAAAUCUAUCUAUCAAUGAAGAAUUACCAAGUCAACAAAUUUCAACAUUAAUUGAAAUUUAUUUUCAAUCAAACAGUUCAACAAGAGAAAUAAAAUAUUUUAGUUGCGUAGCAUUAAAUGCUCUCAUUGCACAUCGGACAACUCUAUCAAAUUCAACGUUAGAUCAUCUUCGAAAAAUUUAUUUACAAGAUGAUGAAUUUGAUGAUGCUCAAACAAUGACAAGUUAUUCUUCAACAAUCAAUUUAAGAGAUAUCUCGCUAAGCAUACUUGAACAAUAUCUUCCGAUGUGUAAGGCAUGUGGAAAUAAAGUUUAUAUAUAUAAGAUAGAGCAAAUCAUCAAACAAGAAAUGCUUGCUCAAGAAAUUUUAGAAAAUCGAAAUGGAACAAGCCGUUUAGAAGCAGGUCAACAAUUGUUAUCCAUUGUUCAAGAUGAAGAAGGAUCUGUAUCAAUGCAUAACAUGAGAAUUCUUGAAUUAUCUUUCGAUUUAAAUGAUUCUUCUAUUGAAUACAAAUUAAUUGUUGUGAAAAUUUUCGAAUGUCUUGCAGCUUAUUUAAAUACAUCACAAAUUAGAUUUAUUCUGGGUUCCAUAUCUGAUAAUGCAUUAAGUAAUGUUAUAAUCAAUAUUUUAAAAGCAUUGAUUCGUUUACAAAAAUCUUUUCCAAUUGAAGCAUUGUAUAUAUUAAUUGAUUUCAUAUCUGAAAACAACAAUCAAACACUAAGAGAUCGUGUUAUCGAUAGUUUAGAAAUGAUAGCAAAAUAUGAAAAAAUUUCACCAGAUAUAUUCAAACGAAUUCAAUUCGAAAUUUUCUCUAAACAUUUACGAGAUCCAACAAUGAAUGUUGAAAAUAAAAAGUUAGCCAUUAAUAAUUGUCUUCAAUUUAUUCGUGAUGGUUACAAAUUAUCAAUAAAUACAAUAGAAUCACUUGAAUACCUAUUGAAAAAUUCAUUCAGCAUGAAAGAUAUUGAAGAAGAAACACUACAAUUAAUGAAAUUAGCUGUUCGAAACGGUCAAAAAUUACCACCAAUAUUUCUCAAUUUAUUGAGUCGUUUGACUAACGAUAGUCGAUUCAAUAAAGGAAUUUUAAUUGAAAUAAUUAAACUUCUUUCAAAUGACACACAAGCACUGAUAACACAAGAGAUACUAGACAAUUCAGAACAUGAAUUACUUGACAAUUUAACUGAAUCCUAUGAAAUUUUUCUCAAAGGAGCACAGAAUGGUUGUAAGUUGACUAAAACAACAAUAAAUCGUUUCGAAGAAAUUCUUCAAAGUCAAGAUAAAAUCAUUCGGAAUCAACGUUUAGAUAUUAUGAAAAUUUUGAAAAAUCUCGCCAUAAAUAAACAAACACUCGAAGAAGAUGUAAUUGAAUGUUUAGAAAAGACUAUGAAAGGUGAUGGGGAAACAAUGCAUAAAUCAAUAUUAAAUAUUCUUAAAUAUUUGCCAACCUACAAACCAUCAACUGAGUUUUUAAUUUAUCUACAAGAUAUUUUAGAACGACAUCCAUUGUACUUACAAAUAGAAAAUAUUUUAAAUAAGAGCAUCAACUUACCAAUUCAAGUUAAAUUACACAUUAUUCAUGCUUUCUUAGUUGCAGAAUAUAUAGAGACCGAUAUUGAUGAAAAACCAUUCAAACUUAUAUGUCGGGAAUUAUUAUGUGGUGACUUAUUAUCGCGCAUUUAUCAGCACAAUAAAUAUGAUAAAAUGAAUCAAUUCGAAUUCUAUGCAAAUCUGAAUGCUUUGGAAAACUUUUUUGGUUUUCAAUCUUACUCGUUAGAUCGUGACGAAAUUUUAAUUUUUUUUAUAGAAAAUCAUUCAAAUUUCACUUUAAAAAAUAUUAAUGAAAUUUUACUAUUGAUGAAAACAAAUUCGGAAGCAUUACUAUUGCUACUUUUUCCCUCCAAUGAUUGGCUAAAAAAAUUACAAAUUCAUUGGAUACAUACAAUUGUCAAGAAAUAUCAACAUAUUAAACUUAACGAAAGUAUUAUUAUGACUGAUGAUCAUGCAGAAAAAAUAGCUAAUUUAUUGAUGACAAAACUUGAAUUUAGUGUUUCAUUAAGUGAAUGUUUUCUUCAACGUUUUAAUCAUAUUGAAGAUUUCAAUCACUUAAUACUUUUCCUAGACUAUUUAUACGAGAAAAAUAUUUAUAAAGAACUGAAUUUGAGUGACUAUUUUACACGAAUAGACGCACAGAAAAUAAUCACCAAAGACAUAAACUCAUGGAUAUUGGACAUUCAAUGCGAUUUAAUUAGUAAGAAAUUUCUCGAUCUAUAUAAGUUACGACAAUGCAUCAAGACAGACAUUUUACAGAAUAUUCAAUCUGCUAUUAUGUUAACAUGUCUGAAUGGUUGGUCGUUAGAAGUAUUUGAAGAAUUUAUUGACAUUUUAAAAACCAAACAAGAUGAACCGUUUGAGUUGAUGAUGGACAAUUUUCUUAGUACAUUAGCUGUAAUUAAUAAUUAUAAUUUACAAUACGGAAUAUCAGAUAAAAGUGGAAAUAGGGUAGAAUCAAUAUUCAAGUUAAAAAAUACCAAAGAUUGGCCAUUGAAGAUGCAUCAGUUUGCGAUAUCAGUCUCAUUUGAUCGAGAUGAACAUGAGAAAAACUUAAAAGAUCUACUUAAUGAAAUGAAAAGCUGCAACAAUAUCAAAGAUAGUAAAGAGCUAAAUGAUUCAAUCGAAAGUCUUGAAGAAAAAUAUCACAAGAUUAUAUCGACAUAUAGUUGUGAUUCACAAUUUUAUUCGAUUGGAAAACCAAUUAAUCAUUGGGAUGAAAAUGACAUUAAAACAUGGGCAACCUAUUACAAAGAAAAUUCAAAGAAAGCUUCAGAAAAAUCAAUUUACGAAGUGAUAUGCGUUAUUAAACGUGCAAUAUUUUUACAUAAUACAAAACAACAAUUCGAACCAAGAGCAAUUCAAAUCCUAUCGUUAUUGUUAAUGUUACAUGCGUCGAAUGCUAAUAUUUCACGUUUGGCGCAAAUAAAAACAGGCGAAGGUAAAAGUGUUAUCAUUGCCAUGUUUGCAGCUAUCAAAGCAUUGAAUGGACAUAAAGUUGAUAUUGUAACUACAUCACCAUUAUUGGCUAAACGUGAUGCUGAAAAUAAAGAGAAAUUUUAUACAAUGUUGAAUUUAACUGUUGGAGAAAAUAGUGGCACAUCAACAGUAAAAUCAUGCUAUAAAAAUGAUAUUGUUUAUGGUAAUGUCAAUGAGUUUCAAUUCGAUAUAUUGAAAGAUGAAUAUAGUUUAUUGGGCACACGUUGUCAACGUAAAUUUGAUAUUGCAAUUGUUGAUGAAGUUGAUAGUAUGUUGAUCGAUGAUAAUUCUAAAAUAUGUCGUUUAUCCAGUAAAAUACCAGCUAUCGAUGAAUUGAAAGUUAUAUUGACAGUAGUUUGGCAAGAAUUAAAUCGCACACAUGAUCGACUUGCUCGGAUAGAUGGCAAAUUAUAUUGUGUUACAGCACCGUUUCGAAUGGAUGAGAAUGGCGAAAUAAUAUUACUGAAACCUGCAACAGCCGAUGACGAUGGCAACAUAACAGAUACGUCUGCUGUUGCUGGUGAUAGUAAUAUUGAUGAGAAUGAUUUUAUUGAAGUUGAAGAUCCGUAUGAAUUUAUUGAAAAUCAUAUAAAAAAUUACGUAGAAAAUAAACUAUUAACACCUAAUGAUAAAAAUGAAUGUCUUUUGAAUAUACCAAAACAUUUGACAGGAUUUGUAAAACAACAACUAACGAAAUGGAUAUUAAAUGCAUGGCAAGCAAAAUUUGCCUAUCGUGAAAAUAUUGAUUAUUUGAUAACAGAUGGUAAAGAUGGCAUUAAAUCAAUUGUACCAAUUGAUUAUCGAAAUACAGGUAUCAUACAAACUAACACAUCGUGGCCUGAUGGUUUACAUCAAUUUUUACAGAUUAAACACAAAUUAAGAAUAAGUGCUGAAAGUUUAACAACAAAUUUUCUAUCAAAUGUUGCCUUUUUUAGUCGUUAUGGAAAGAAUUUAUUUGGUUUGACAGGAACACUUGGUUCGAAAGAGGCUAAAGAUUUAAUUCAUUAUAUCUACAAUGUUGAUUUCGUCAUUAUACCACCUUAUAAAUAUACACAAUUCGUAGCUUAUCCAGAUAGAUUAAGUCAAUCUGAACAAGAAUGGCUAAAUGAAUGUACACGAUCAAUCUACAAUGAAGCUAAAAUAAAUCAGCGUGCUGUUUUGGUCAUAUGUGAAACAAAAUCAGAUGCGUCGAAGAUACAGGAAAAAUUGAUUGAAAAAGAUAUUCAACUUAAAAAAACAAUCAAAUUAUAUACAAGAAGUGACAAUGAAGAACAAAAUGCAAUUGAUAAUGAAUUAGAUUGCGGUCAAAUUAUUGUUGCUACGAAUCUUGCUGGCCGAGGUACAGAUCUUGGAACAACACAUAAAGUCGAAGAAAAUGGUGGUCUUCAUGUAUUAGUCACAUUUUUACCAUUGAACACACGUGUUGAACAUCAAGCAUUUGGUCGAACUUCGAGACAAGGGAAACACGGUACAGCACAAUUAAUUGCCUUAACUCCUAUUGACAGUAAAAUUCAGUACGAUAGUAUUGACCAAUUGAAACAAGAUAGAGAUGAACGAGAAAAACUCUAUAUAGCACGAGCAAAACAUACUGAAUUGAAAAAUAUCGAAAGACGCGAUAGAUUAUUCGGAAAAUUUUGUACUUUACGCCAGAAAUUACGUCAACAAGAAAAUGAUACAUACAAAUUAGAUUCUGUGGAAGAAUUAUGGGGACUUUGGCUUAAAAUUACUUUUGCAAAAGAUGAUUCCAUGAACGAUGCAACUGAUGAUCUCAAUGAUGAAUUACUCGAUAAGAAAUUUGAAGAAUUUAGUUCAAGAAUUUUAGCCGAUUAUUCUUCUAAUGCGAUCUUUCAAAAUCCAUUUUAUUUAAUUUUAAAAGGAAACGAAUACAUAUUUCAAAAGAAAAAUUAUGAUGACGCUAUUGAUUUUCUACGAGAUGCUAUCAAAUCUGACCCAAUAUUUGCUGUCAGUGCACGUUAUAAUUUAGCUUAUGCUUUAAUCAAAAAAUCAAGUGAUAAGACAACAGAAGCAAAAGUUGAACUUGAAGAGGCUUUGAAGACUAUUGAUAACAUUUUGAUACCCCAACAAGAAACAAUGUUAAUUUCUUUUAGAAUCACCCAGAGUCACACUAGUGGUACUCAAGAUAUGAUGGGUGCAACUAGUAAUACUGAUACAAAAAGUGAUGCUGAAGAUCAAAUCAUGAACCGCAUUAAUCUCUUAUGUUUAUGUAAGAAUCAAAUCGAACAAGGAAAAUCAGUUAUCGAAGAUGCAGCAGACAAAAAACAUGAUGUUCGCAUGGAAUAUAAAGCUUUGGAUGAGUUUUUUAGCGAUGUCAACAAACCUACAUUAGACAUUAAUGAAUUCAAAGAAAAUGGAUUUCUAGGAUUUUUUCAAUUAACUCGAAAAGAACCAACACCAUGGUUGAGUAUUAUUGCAGUUGGUCUACUUGGUAUUGCACAAGCAGUUGCUGGUGCAGCUUUGAUUGCAUUUACGGGUGGUGCAGCAGUACAAAUAGGUACGAUGCUAUUAAGUGAAGGAAUUGGUGAUAUGAUACAUGCAAUUAAAAGUGCUAUAACUGGUGAAUUCAGUUGGAAGGAAUAUGCAAUACAAAAAGCAAUCAGUAUCGCCAUUACAAUAGCUACAUGUGGAAUGGCAGCAUUGAAAGAAACAGGUCAAGCAAUCAAAUCUGGAUUUAAAGGAUGUGCAACUAUGGUUAAGGCAGCUGCAGUUGGUGGUAAACAACUCGUCGGACAAUUUACUAAAGAAGGUUGGAAACUUGUUGGUAAACAAAUUGGUCAAGCUUUUCUUAAAGCUGGCGCUAAAGAAAUUCUGAAAACUGUAUUAGACAAAACAAUUUUGGCUGAACUUAGUAAAAAAAUCAAUCAAGAAAUCUCUGAACAUAUUCAACAACAAGUUACUGAAGAAGUUAAUGGAAAUCAAACAAUCAAAGACUUCUUAACUGUUGAUAGUGGCUUACAUAGAAACAACAUGUGUCAUAAUGAAAUUGAAAACAUGACCAAUAGAAUGCUACAUCCUCAAAGUAAUCGAUUUGCUGAUGCAGCAAUUUCAAUUGCCAAAGGUAUCGCAAAUCAAUUAACUAAUGGCACUAGUGGAUAUGCAUUACAAAUAGUUACUGCUGGAAAAUGCCUUCUAGAAUUAACGACAUUUUUAAAGAACUUUUUUAUUGAAUUCAGACGAGAUUUAGAUAAAUUAAAGGACCACUUGAAAAUCGAUCAUUUACUCCAUUUAAACAAGCCAAAUGAUAUUGAUAAAAGAACAGCAAAAGAAAUAACAGAAACGUUAAAGAAAGAACAUUAUGUUGGACAUGAUAGUAUUAAAGUUAUGAAACCGCUCGAGCCAACUGUAUUUAAAUUAGAUAAACAUACAAUCCAUGAAACUUAUGUUAUUAAUGUUUGCAAUAAUAUUUAUACUGAGACUACGAAACAAUCUGAAUAUGGCUUUGAAAAAAAUAGGAUUGCAAAAACAUUAACUGAUCAACUAGCAAAUUAUAUGACAAAUCGUCUUAAUGCUGAACUCAUCAAUCCCGCUGUUCAUACCGGUGUCGAUGCUGCUGUUAAUCAUUUAUCGAAAAGAAUCGAAGUUGCAUAUGUUGACAGUGAAGGAACAUUAGAAAAACAAUUAAAAAGCCGUAGAGCUCAGAAUGACGUGAUUCGACGUGGAAAAGAUGUGUGGGAGCGAGCAGCCAAAGAACGAGCGAAAGGUAUUCAAAAAGACAACACUCAACAAGAUGCUCCGACUCAUCCAGAUAUUGAAAAUCUAGCUCAAAAGAUUGAAAAUGGUGCUCCUGGUGAUUUGAAGGAUAUUAUGGCUUUAAGUGCCAAACUGGGACGUCCAGUGCAGAUUUUUAGAAAUGGAGCAUAUGACAUGACCAUUGGCGAUAUGAAUGCUGGCGAACCAAUGAAGCUUGAUUUUGGAGAAGGUCACACUGGACAUAUUGGACACUAUACCGGUACAAAUGAUGUCACUGGCAUUACACCUACAGGUGCGAACGAUUGCCUAUUUGAUACACUCAGCGUACAAACCAAUAUAUCAUCUAGUGAAUUGAGACAAAUGGCAGCUGCUGGAAUAAGAGAGAAUUCAGAUAUAUACCUUAAAAUGAUGCCAUCUGUACAUUUUCUCGGUGAACAUUCCAACAAAAAUUUGCUGUACGUAGGAGGUGACAAUGCUGAAUUGGUGAAGGUUAGAAAACAUUCCGCAGACGACAUCUUAAGUGAUCCCUAUCUACCAUCGAAGGAAAAACUUGAGAAAGAUCUUCAAAAAUGCCUUGAACUCAGUAAACAAUAUAAACCAGAAUCGGAAAAUGAUUCUCCCGAAAUUAAAGGAAAAUUAAUUUUAGAGACAUUAAUACACGAUAUCACGGAUGAAAAUAUUAAAGAAACGAUAGCUCAUGAUAAAAAUUUAAGAAACAUUUUUUAUAGUUCUUUAAACGGACGUUUAGCUGAGUUUAAAAAAGAGAAUGCACAAUUAUUUUCUAACUUGUCUAUGGACUCUUCAUCCGUUCCAAUAGUGAGCACAUUUAACGAGUUGGCUGGCUAUUGGAAGAACGAAGCACAUCCUGGGCUUGACAAGAACCUUUUUUAUUCUCAAGGAUCUGUCAAUGCAAAUUUUUCAAGUUGUAGUAGUGCUGCAGCUACAGACUUUUUACCAGGACCAGUAAAAGAAAUGAUUGCAAGUCAACCCGUUGACACAGCAGGAAAAAAAGCUAUUGAAACAUUUGGACCUGCAGUAUGUCCAGUGCAGUUUUUUUCGUAUCAACAUAAAUUAGUGGCUACUGAUAAUAGAAUGAAUUUAGCACAUCAUUUAGCUGGAGUCAAACCGUUAAGACUUAUUCCAACUAGACCAACACACGAAGAAUUGGGAAGAAUGAACAACAAAGGAAUGCCAAGUACGAAAUCUCCUAAAUAUGAUAAAAAUGCUUGA